UACUGACCCUCACCUGCAUGAGUGAAGCUGACCCAUCACAUACUGUUCCCUAUGUCCUCUUCUCUAGAUCCUCCAAAAAACACAACAGUUGUGUCUGUUCCAUCUGGUGAAAUAACAGAGGGAAGUAAUGUGACUCUGACCUGCAUGAGUGAAGCUGACCCACCAGUACUCACAUACACCUGGAUCAAGAAGAGUGGAGCUGCAGAACUGGAGUCAGGAGAGGAGAACACACUCACCUUCAGCAGGAUCCGUUCUGAGGACAGUGGAGAGUAUCUCUGUCGAGCUGCCAAUAGGAUAGGUCAUCAUGACUCUCCUGGUGUAACUGUUGAGGUUUUAACUAUGGCCCAUGACCAGACCAUAAUGAUAGCAGUUCUGGUUGGAGUGGCGGUCUGUGGAAUUGUGGUUUUGCUCUGUGUCAUUUGGAGAUUUAGGCAAAGUACAAUUGUGGCAACAAACACUAAAAGGACAUCAAGUGAAGACAAACAGGUGACAUGACUUCGCCCGGCAUUUUUG